AUGCACUCUUCCUUUCGGAUAGACUUUUCUUUCUCUUUAUCUCAAACACACUCACUUUCCCACAUUGCAAUACUCUCUCUUUCUCUCUUUAUCAUGCUCUCUUUCCGUCAUUGUAAUACUUCCCUCUUUCUCUCUUCUAUAUUCACAUUCUUUCUACUUCUCACAUGCUCUCCUUCACAUUAUAAUACACUUUUCCCCCACUCUCUAUUCCAUACUCUUCUUUUCAUUUUCCUCUCUCUCUCUAUCUCUCUCUAUCUCUCUCUCUCUGUAAUGCUUACUUUCUUUCACUGUGAUAUUCUUCUUGCUCACUCUCUGUCUCUUUCAUACUCAUCUUUUUUCUCCCUUUCUUUUAUUCUCUCUUUCUUACGUUGUAAUACAUUCUUUCCCCACUCUCUAUUCCAUACUUUAACUUUCUCUCUCUUUCUCACUGUUACUUUCCGUUUCUCUCACUCUCUUUUUUCUGUCGUCUUCUCUUUCCUUACAUACUCCCCCUUUCUCUUUCUCUGUCGUACUCCCUAUUUCAUACUUUCCUUUUUUUUCUCUCUCUCUUUCUUUCCUUGUAAUACUCUCCUUGCUCUCUUUCUUUCUUUCAUACUCUCAUCAUUUCUCUCCCUUUUUCUGACGUUCUCUUUCCCGCAUUCCCCCUUCCUUCUUCCUAUAUUACCUCUUACUCUUUCUAAAUUUUUCUCUUCUUCUUCUUCUUCUUCUUCUUUCUUCUUCUUCUUCUUCUUCUUCUUCUUCAGGACCAUUCUCUCUCUCUCUCUCUCUCUCUCUCUCUCUCUCUCUCUCUCUCUGAUUGCCAAAAUAUGUGCCUCUCUCUCUUUUCUUUCGUUCAAUUUAUCUCUGGAAUAUACCGCCUUUCUCGUUAUCUUCUCUCACCUAUUAGUUUAUCCCCCUCCGUUUUACCGUCUCUCAUUUUACUCCCCACUCCCUAAGUCCUCUCUUAUAAUCAUACUCUCCUACUCCUUCUCUCUUAAUACCGCAACCAUUACUACUUUCAGGGACGCAAAUUUUUAUCCAAAACAUUUCAUGCUCAUCCCAGCUGGUAUUAUCCUGGGUCUGCUGACCGGACCCCUGUGGAGCGCACAAGCUACUUUAGUGACUACGCUGGGUAUCACUUAUGCCCAGCGCAACCAGAAUUACGAUGCCGACGCCGUGGUCAAUAAAUUCAUGGGUAUAUUUUACGCAUUUUAUCAAGCCAGCCAAAUUUGGGGUAACAUCAUCACAGCGGCUGUGCUAUAUAGUAACGACACGUUGAAGGCAACCCCGGACGCGGACAUGUGGCUGACAACCGUUUCUACAGCCAAUAGGUCAUCAUCUCUGCUGACCACUUAUGCUACUUAUUCUUUACACAACCCUUCUCCCCUUUCACCCUCGUCUCAUUCUUCAAUGUCGAUGAGCUUUCCUCUGUUGCCGACUUGGAAAAAAUGUGGCUCUAAAUUUUGCGGCUUGCUUCUCGCGGAUCCAGGGGCCGAGUACCGUGAUUAUAAUCCGAUUAUUGAAGGAAUUUCGGACGAUUCCCGCCAUAUGCUACUUGGAGUUUACUUGAUUUGUGGCAUCAUGGGGGCGAUUAUUAUGAUGGCUUUAAUGGAUAAUGAAGGCCAGAACAAAGAAGAGGAGAUAUGUGGCUGUGUUUCUUCACGAGAACUGUGCCUGGCUACAAUCAAGAUGUUGGGAGACUAUCGAUGUCAGUUACUUAUACCUCUGGUGCUUUUUCUUGGCUUGCAACAAGGGUUCCUAUUCGGAGAUUUCACCAAGCUUUUAUUAUACUCACUUAUUUUCCCUUUUCUUUCUAUCUCCACUCUCCUUGAUUUCUUUUUUCUAUUUUCUCCUUUCUUCAUUUCUCUCACUCUUCGUUUUAUCUUUUUCUUUGUCUUCUCUUUCCGCUUUUUCGUUCUCCUCUCAUCUUCCUUUCUUCUUCCUUUCUUCCGUUUUCUCUCUUCUCUUCUUUCUUCCAUUCUCUUCUCUUUUUCGUAUUUUUUACCUAUCUUUUCAUUUUUAUUCUUAACAUUUUCCUCUUCUUCCUUUUGUCUAUCUCCUCCCCUUUCUUUCUUGUUUUCUCUCUCUUCUCUUAUUCCUUUUUCCUCUCCCUCCUCCUUUCCCUUUUCUCGCCUUUCCUUUCUUCCAUUCUCCCCUCUCACUUUUCUUUUUCUUCUUUUUGACUUUCUCCUCCCCUUCCUUUCGUUUUCUCUCUACUCUCUUUUCUUCCUUGUUUUUUUCUCUCUCUCUUCUCUUUUUCUUUCUCCUCUCUUUCCUCCCCUUCCGUUUUCUCGCCUCUCCUUUCUUCCAUUUUCUUCUCUCUUUUUUUCUUCGUCUUUUACCUCUUUUUCCUUUUUAACUUUCUCCUCUCAUUUCUUUCGUCUCUUUCGUCUCUCUCCUCUCUUUCCUCUCAUUUUCCCUCUACUCUUCCUUCUUCCUUGUUUUUCUCUCUCCCUUCUCUUUUUCUUUCUCAUUUCCUCCCCCCUUCCGUUUUCUCUCCUUUCCGUUUUCCAUUCUCUUCUCUCACUUCUCUUUUUCUUCUUCUUUUACCCUUCUUUCCUUUUUUUUUUCUUUUUUACUUUCUCCUCAUCUUCCUUUUCUCUCUCACCUCGGCUUCCUCUCGUUUCCUCUCUAAUCUCCUUUCUCCCUUGUUUUUUUCUUCUCUCUCCUCUUUUUCUUCAUUCUCUCCUUCCUUCCGUAUUUUCCAUUCUUCCAUUCUCUUUUUCUUCGUCUUUUAUCUCUUUCCAUUUUUCUUUUGAACUUUCUCUUCCCCUUCCUUUCUUUUCUCCUUCCUUCAGUUUUAUCUCUUCCUUUCUCUCUCUCCUUUUUUUGCUUCUCUUUCUUUUUACUUUCUCCCCUCCUUACUUUCUUCUCCUUCCUUUAUUCCGAUUUCUCUCUUCUCUUCUUUCUUCUGCUUUCACCUUUCUUUCUUUUUACUUUUUUUUUUUACUUUCUCCUCUCCUUCUUUUCUUCUCUCAUAUUCUUCGUUCCGUUUUAUCUCUCCUCUUCUGUCUCCCUUCCUUUCUCUCUGUCUCCUUUUUCUUUCUCCUCUUUUUCUUUUUUCUUUCGCCUUUUUUUCAUUUCUUCUCUUUGCUUCCCUACCUUCUGUUUCUCUCGUCUCUCUUUUUUUAUUUUUUCUUUCCCCUCUCUUUCUUUUUCCUUUUUUCUCCUCUUACUUUCUUUUCUGUCCUUUCCUUCCUCUUCUCUACUUUCUUUCAUUCUCUUUCGCUCCUCUUUCCUUUUUCUCUUUCCUUUCUUCUUCCUCUUCCUUUUCUUUUUUUUUCUUCCUCCUCUCUUCCGAUUCUUUUCUCUCCUCUCUUUCGCUCGUUCCUUCUUUUACUUUUUCUCUCUUUCCACCCUGUUUUUCUAUAUUACUUCUUUCUCCUUAUAUUUGACUUUGUUGUCUUUCUCCUCUUCGUUUUUCUGUCUAGCUCUCUCUCUUUCUCUCUCUCAACUGAGUCACAAUUCCGAUCACUUGAAGAAAUGGCCAAAAUCGAUUUUUUUUGUGAGGAUUCGUGGACAGGCUGA